CACAAAUUGAAGAUGUCUGCGACGGAGGAGGACACGGAACUCAGAGAUCUACUGAUCCAAAACUUGGAAAACAGCGGUGUUUUGAAUAAAAUCAAGGCAGAGCUACGUGCAGCAGUUUUUCUUGCCUUGGAGGAGCAGGACAAAGUUGAGAAUAAAACCCCACUUGUGAAUGAAAACCUGAAAAAGUCCCUCAACACAAAGGACGGGCGUUUGGUAGCAGGUCUUAUUACAGACUUCCUACAAGUCUUUAAUUUAGACUUCACCCUUGCUGUGUUUCAACCUGAGAUUAGCACGUUGAAUGGACUUGACAGUCGUGAAGCGCUGUCUAAAGAGCUCGGCAUCUCGGAAUCGGAGGUCAAUAAAAACUCCCCUCUCCUGCUAGAGCUGGUGAAAAGGGGACGACAUAGGGAAAAGACCUCCAUUUUCACAGAGGGAGAUCGGGUGGCUGAUAGAACUUUUCCCAAGGAGUUGUUACCGCGGCAGAUUGCUGAAGCCCGCAAGAAAUUUGAUAGUCAUGACAAGAACCGAAGUGGUGAGAUCAACAGAGAUGCGGUCAUUGGAAUUUUCGCAGAUCUUUUCCCCCAGUUCAGCAGAAACAUGCUGGACAGUUAUGUCACAGAGGAACUUAGAACCAAAGGCAAGGAGACAAGCAAUACUAUAGACUUUCAGGACUUCUUGGGAAUGUAUAAAUGUUUCUUCAUACAGUGUCGAAGUGUGGUUACCAGUGACAAUAGUGAUGCACUUUACUCCUCGAGUAAAACAACUGAGGAAAAAAUCAUUUUGUCUUCCGCUAGCAAGAUACCCAGGUUUAAAGGAUUUGUUAAGCACAGUUCAGCGCAGGAAGAGAAGGCUGACCCGAAGGCUGGAGACAGAAGACCUGGUGAAUCGCUGGGGUCUCAGAAGAUCAGAGCUUCUGUUCAAGUGUCUGAAGGAUCAGAGGAGGAAUUAGGAUUGGGUGAUGGGAAAAACCUUCCCACCCCACUCAAGCGAGCACUUGAGUUUGGACUGGAAGAUGAGGAAGAGGAAGGAGACUCGUUCUUCGAUGAUCCUCUUCCUAAACCCCAGAAAACCUAUGGCUGUGGUUUAUCUUCAGCAGAAAAGCCUUAUUCAGGCCAGAGGCAUUCGGAAAAAAGCUUUAGUCAGAAAGAUCAGCACUCGCAGAGGGAAGGAAGCCUGUCAGGGCGAUUUUUAUCCCAAAUGCGGAGGGGCACUAGCCUCAAUGACCUGUCUGCUAUAGGCAGUGAUAAAGAGGGAGAUGGAGAGGACAUGCUCUCUGACUGUGAAAGCAGGCCCACUCCUAACUCUGAACACAGGAGAGAAGGCCUGGGCGGCAGUUUGGGUAAAGCAUUUACCGCAGGCACACAGCUAAAGAGCGCAGGAGGAUCAAUCUCAGCCGAGAGCAGCCAGAAAGAUCAUUCAUCUGACAAGAAUGGAAUGUCUCUUUCUACUGAUAAGGGUGGCAAAGAUUUCCCUACACCAAAUGAGAAAUCUGUAUCUCCGUUGCUAGAUGACGAUCUUGACUAUGAUGACGACUUCAACAGCCAUCGUUCAGAAAACUCGAAAAGUGAAGUGAGCAUUGACGAGGAGAUUGAGGAAGUUUCGAUAGAGGGGCCUGACAUCAGUGAUAAGCUUGAUGAAACCACUCAAGAUGUGAGCGUCUCGCAGACUAGUUUGGGUGCCGACUACAUGGAAGACGUUGCUUGACAUCUGAACUGCAGUUCCUCGUUUUGUACCUUAUGUAUUUAUGGAUUUAGUUGACAUAAUAAAUAAUUAAGUAUUGUCUCA